AUGACUACAGACAAUCAAACAGUUAAUCGUAAAGGAUGUUCUCAUAUGGACAAAUGUUCAUUUUUCCGAUCACUUCAAAAAAAUAAUUCAAACAAAGAAUCAUCAUUUGUUGAAUCUAUUGCUGAGUUUAUGACUAACUUUGCAACUCGUUUCAUGUCUCCUAUGUGGAUUGAAGCGAUUGAUUUCACGAAAUUUCACAUCUCCGGUGGAUGCAUUGUUAAUAGUCUUUGCAAACAACCAUUUCCAGAUACUGCUCUUGAACAAGUAGAUAUAAAUUUCAAUGGCAACUCAUUUAGCGAGUUCGAAGGUGCCGUUGCUAAUGUAUUUAGUAAUUUAACAUCAAUUUUGUCAAAGAACGAUCAUCGUUUAAGAGCAACAUUAAUAAAAAAGAGCAGCAGUAUUUACACUGCAAUACUACCUUUUGAUAUUAAGUUACGAUUUAAUUUUAAAGAUGUUCCUGAAAAAACAAAUCCUGUAUCAAAGUCAUCAAAUCCAGAAAAACGAUCUUCAACAGAAGAUCUGAAUGUUCAAGCAAAAAAAAAGAAAAUAGAAACUCCUAUGCUUGAACAAAAAGUCCCGAUGGCUUCUGAUAGAAAUACCACUCCACCAAAAUUUGUGAGUGCAGCUACAAUGCGUGUACCAAUUCCAGAAAUUACCGAUGAAGAGCUUUUAGCAUUUACGCUCGAAUUUGAACGUAAACAUGGUUUUUAA